UGCCUAGGUCUCUUAUUAUACUCAUUUCUUGUAAGUGGUGAUCUUCUAGCUUAUAUGAUUUUUUUGGAUUUUUACUUCCUAUAUAAAGUGUGAAGGAUUUAUUUAGAGCUAUGUUUAGUCCCCAACCUUUCGCCCAUUCAGUUAAAAUAUUUAGUUUUUCUUGCAAAAGGCUAUCGUUUGUUUUAUAUGAAUAUGUUAUUUUUAAAUCAUCAGCAUAUAGUGAUGGAGAUAUAUUAGGCCCUAGUCUUGUAGGUAGGUCGUUUAUGUAUAUAGUAAAAAGUAAAGGAGCUAAAAUGGUACCUUGUGGGACACCUGAAUGGGUAGUGAAUGUUUUUGAUUUUUCAUCCUUAAUUCCCACAGAGAAUGUUCUAUUUUGUAAAAAAUUUGUAAUCCAUUUGUGUAUUUUUCCCCUAAUUCCAUACGUAUAUAAUUUUUCUAGUAAAUAGUUUAUUGGAACCUUAUCGAAGGCCUUUUGGAAGUCGACAUAAAUUAUAUCUAUAUUUUGGUUGUUUAUUAAUCCCUCAUACCAUUUUGUAAGUGUAAGAAUCAUUUGUGUGGUAGUGGACCGUUUGGGGAGAAACCCAAAUUGAUGUUUUGAGAUUAGAUCAUUUUCCAAUAAAAAUUUUAGUAUUUCUGAUGCUAGUAUUUUUUCAAAGACCCUACAUGUUGUGGAGGUUAGUGAGAUAGGGCGAUAGUUUUGAAUACAUGCUCUGUUGCCAUUUUUAUAAAUAGGUAUUAUUAUUGAAUUUUUCCAUUUGUCAGGUAUGUCCCCAGAGUCUAGUGAGUUACGGAAUAGUUCGCAAAGUGUGGGUGCCAGGAUGUCGUGACAGUUUUUUAGAAUCUUAUAAGAUAUGUCAUUUUGAGUUGUAGAGUUUUUAUUAGGGAGGUUUUUAAGUGUAUUUGCCACUGUUAUUAUGUCAAAGUCUAUGUCUUCUAGUGUAUUUUUUAUAUUUAAUGUGAAUUCUGGUUUUUUAUUGUUAGUCCCAAAAUUAUUAAUGAAAAUUUCUGAAAAAUAAUUUCCGAAUAUUUCACAUUUUUCAUUAUCGUCAAAAAUGUAUUUAUUAUUAUAUAAUAGUACUGGGAUAUUUUGUUUCGAUUUUAUUGAGUUUUUAAUGAAGUUAUUAAUCAUUGAUUUGUUGUUUGAAAUUUUGGAGAUUUUGGAAUUUAGGAAGUUAUUAAUCAGAUACUUUGUUUUGUUACAGAUUUUAUUGUAUUCAUUUUUCAACUCAUUAUUGGCUUUAUAUAGG